AUGGCAGCUAUCGGGCGUACAUACCCUAUCGGGCCCUGCGUGUACUCAUGCCGCUAUGGUGAUGGAGGUCUGCCCAGGGCCUUUGAGUCGUUGACAACAUUGACCGGCACACUGGGCUGGGCGCUCAGUGGCCCACUGUCCAGCAUCCAGACCUACCUUAGGUCUAUUCUCCACUGUGCAAACGCGCCUGCUUUCCUAGCCUGCCACUUCAACAACGGGACCUUGACUGUCCACCUUACCCAUCCGUACCUUGCCUCACUCAGACCUUUGUGCCUCGCGUCCUAG